CUGCGAGCCGCAGGCGUUUUUCAAUGCCAGUCGGUGGUUAUGGCACCAUCCCAUGUUGCACAGAAAUGAGGCGGUGAUGUCGACUGCAUAAUUCUUCAGCUUAUUGUCAAAGCUUGCGAGCAAUCUUGGCCAUUCUCCACUCUUUUCCUCAGCAAUUACUUCAAAUCAAUUUCCAGCACAAUGGAGUCGUUCAACAAGUUCACGCAGUCGGUCAGCACCAACUGGACGCCGUUCGCCGACAAGGUUGGCAAGAGCUUCACGCAGUACAAGCAGGUAACUGCGACUGAGAAGCUGGCCAACAACGCCGAGGUCACCAGCCUGCCCAACGACUAUGUCCAGCUGGAGCAGCGCUACGAGGCUGUGCGCCAUGCGACCCAGUCGCUCGUAAAGCUGGCCAAAUCCUACACUGCCGCGCCCACGCACUACGACGUGCAGGCUCUACAAAACCAGUUGGCGAAUCUGACUGUGAAGAUUGGCGCCAAGAAUGACGCUGAGAGCGUGGCGGCGGCGGCGGCAAAGAAGGAGGACCAGACGCCCAACACGCACCAGCAUGCGAUGGCGCGCACGGCCCUGGAGGUGUCGGAGAAGGUCGGCGAUGGGAAGCUGACCCAGGACAAGACGAUUCAGGACAAGUUUGUUGCGCCUAUGAUGGCCACUAUCGAGUCGAGCAUUGCCUUGGCGCAGAACGCGCGCAAGGAGGUGCAGGCUGCCGCCUGACUCUGGACGCUGCAAAGUCGACGUUCAAGAACUCCGUGCCCAGCCGGGCUGAUGCGGCUCGCAGAGAUGUCGAGUCCGCCGAGGACCGCUUCGUGACCAUCGUUGAGGAAGCCAUGAACCUGAUGCGGGCGGUGGUCGGGUCGCCUGAGCCCCUGCGCUACCUGUCGGAACUGGUGAACGCGCAG